UCAGAGGACGAGUAGGAGCGUGUGUGCGAGUGUGUGAAAGAGACACUUACUCUCCUAACUACUACUGGAAGACACACACUUUUCUCACCCAACUCAAAGCAGCAGCAAACCUUGGAGAAUUGUUUUAUUUUUAUUUUUUUUCGCGAAACCCCCCUAAAAUUCCUAAUUAUUCUCUUAAGUAUUCAUCUUUGCCUUGCCGGGACUUAAUUUUCACCCCCUCUCUAGGAAUCCUAUGUACUGAUCAAUAGACCCUUUCCAUCCACACAAGACAUACCUCAUGGAUUUGUACCUGGUUGGAUUUCUCAUGUGCAUGUGGUUCUCCAGCUCUCGGGUGCUUGGAGGCUAUCCCAUCUGGUGGUCCCUGGCCCUUGGGCAGCAGUACUCAUCCAUAGGAUCCCAACCCAUCCUGUGUGGCUCCAUACCUGGCCUGGUGCCAAAACAACUGCGCUUCUGCCGCAAUUACAUCGAGAUCAUGCCCAGUGUAGCAGAAGGAGUCAAACUGGGUAUCCAGGAGUGUCAGCACCAGUUCCGCGGCCGCAGGUGGAACUGCACCACUAUCAAAGACAAUCUAGCCAUAUUUGGACCAGUGCUUGAUAAAGCUACAAGGGAGUCUGCAUUUGUUCAUGCGAUUGCCUCAGCUGGAGUAGCAUAUGCAGUGACCCGUUCAUGUGCAGAGGGGAGCUCCACAAUGUGCGGCUGUGACUCCCAUCAUAAAGGCCCGCCGGGAGAGGGAUGGAAGUGGGGUGGCUGCAGUGAAGAUGCUGAAUUUGGGGUUUUGGUGUCUCGAGAGUUUGCAGACGCUCGUGAGAACCGGCCAGAUGCUCGGAGUGCCAUGAACAGGCACAACAAUGAGGCAGGACGGAUGACCAUAUUGGAGAACAUGCACCUGCGCUGUAAGUGCCACGGGCUGUCAGGCAGCUGUGAAGUGAAGACGUGCUGGUGGGCGCAGCCUGACUUCAGACUGUUGGGGGACUACCUGAAAGACAAGUACGACAGCGCCUCUGAGAUGGUGGUAGAGAAACACCGGGAGUCCAGAGGCUGGGUGGAAACACUACGAGCCAAAUACGCCUUCUUCAAGCAUCCCACUGAGCGAGACCUGGUAUACUAUGAGGGAUCUCCCAACUUCUGCGAGCCAAACCCAGAGACGGGUUCAUUCGGCACCCGUGAUCGUGCCUGCAACGUGUCAUCGCAUGGUAUCGAAGGCUGUGACCUGCUGUGCUGUGGCCGUGGCCAUAACACACGGACAGAAAAGCGCAAAGAGAAAUGUCACUGCAUCUUCCACUGGUGCUGUUACGUCAGCUGCCAGGAGUGUGUGAGGGUCUACGACGUGCAUACAUGUAAAUAAGCACAGCGGGUCCAGAAAGAAAGGGACUAGUGGACAUUGAGCAAGAGAAUGAGAGACUGAGGAAAAAAAAAAACACAUGAUAGUGGCACUUCUGUGGUAGAACCGUUUACUAAUGUGCCCUUUACGAUAUACGCACCCCAAAAGAUGCCCACUGUGAGCAUCUUGGUUACUACUGCCGUUCCUCUCGCUCUUUUUUUGUGGCAUGCAUUACUUCUGCAAAAGAACGAAAUGCCUUGUUAUCAUUCAGUCUUCUUUAUCUGUAACACCAUCUCUCUGAUCAUCUCGCCCUACUGCCCAGGGGCCGAAACAGGAUAUGUUCACGUACAACCAAUGACAUUAGGCAUGUAGGAAAGAACAAGAGGAGGGGGAGAGGAUGACAAAAAAAAAAACUCUCGGUUAACUACUGAAAGCUGGGUCUCAAAAUAUUGGCCUGCUAUACUACUGAAUCAAAUGCAAUUCUUUUGUUUUCCUUCAAGGUUUUCCCAGCCCAAGGACUUGUUGUACCCUACUAGCACAUCCUCUAUAAUAAUGGUUUCACUUGUGGAACAUAUUGCUACUUGCUACAUAAAAGGCUAUGGUAAUUUGCUUUACAGCUUGAAAGGAUGCAAUCGAUAAAUUAGCAUAGAUCGCUAUGGGCGGUUUGGAUAAGGUUUUUUUCCGCAGAAAUAUACAUGCAAAGUCAUUGGUAACUCACCUGGAUGAGUGCAUGACAUGCGUGACACACACUGGGCUCUUGUGCACCCGACCAGUUAAAUUUGCACUUACAAAACUACUAAUGAAUAUACUAAGUCUAGAGAUUAUGAUGAUUAUUUUUAACAUAUUCUUUUUGGUAAAGCUCCUCGUUUAUGACUGUGAAGGCUCCAUUUCAACACUUCCCCGAUGGUAGGUUUGCAUAGAGGAAGGAGAACCAGGAGGAACAUAGCUAAGCAAAAAGCAACCCAUUCUCGAGAGAAAUGCAACCGUUUUAUGAGGUGGGAAAAACACUUCCCUGAAUCCCAAAAUAUACUUUGUUUUUUACUCAGCCGGACAUUCAGCAUUUCAAAGUAUAUCCUAUUGGAUAAUAUGCGCCAAUAUGAAAAGAUCAAUCCUUGUCAGGUGUCUGAGAUAUUUCUCUCCAAAAGUUAUGAGCAACAAAAAUGUCUUUGUACAAAUUCAAAAUAGCAUUGUGCUAAUUUUUGAAUCCCAUUAUUGACCUUAUUCUGCAAUGCAGAAGUAAGAUCUUUUCGGCAAUUGUUUUAGAACUUCUGAUUCAUUUCACUAUAGUUAAAUAACAAGGGACAAUAAGGAAAAGCAGUGAAUGAUCAAACUACUUGCUCUCUAAACAAUUGUGUUUAUGACAAUACAUAAAAAUAAUAUAAUAACAAGAUGCCAGUUUGCUACACCGAUGAGCUUUUUUAUGGCUAAAAAUCAACAGAAGCAAAUGGAAUCCAGGUUCCAAUAGCUGCACCAGCUGAAACAUAAAAAAAAUCCGCUUGUUAAGUCGUGAUGUAUGAAAUACUGUUUCCGGGUCCAAGCCAUUACUUUGAAUUGAGAAAAUAUUUGUUUAUAAGCACUUUUUAGUCAUUUCACACAUUAAAGUGAGAUUUAUAUAAAAUCAUGGUGUACCCAACAGUCGCUGGACCAAUAUUUUAACAAUUUAUAAAAAAUGUAUCACUUUCUGGCCA